GAGAAGGGACGGCCUGGAAGGCAGCCGGCAGCAAAAGCACGGAAUCAGGCGCGGAGAGUCCUGUCUCAGCGUCUUUCCUUCCCGGAUCGGGGUUUCCCGCCGCUUGAAGCCGCCGAGGCGUCUCCGCCAGUCCGCCGCCCUCCCUCGCCGUGCGAUGGGCUCCUCCGCGGGCGAGCAGGUGGACUUGGAUGAAGGCGGCAGUCUCCGCUCGCUCUUCCUGGCCUGCGAUGUGAACGGUUCCGGCCGGAUCGAGCGCGAUGACUUCGGCUCGCUCUGCGCCGAGCUGCAGGUCCGGCCGGCGGAGGCCGAAGCUAUUUUCCAGCGCCUGGACACUGACCGAGACGGCGCCAUCACCUUCCGCGAGUUCGUUCGGGGGUUUCGCGGCAUCGCUCAACCGCAGAGACGGCGGAGCGACCGCGAGGAGCUCCCCGGGGAAGAGAGCGACGCUUUCGGUGCCUUCGCCGAGAUAGUGGCAGCGGCAGCGGCGGCGAGGGGAUCUGCGGUGGGUCCCAGCCAGGCCUGGAAGGAAUUUGAGCUUCGGCUCGGGGAGGAGGCGGGCUUCAUUCCCAGGCAAGAGCAGGUCUGCAUUCUAUACCAGAACAUAAACAUAGUGGAACCACGAUUAAUUCAACCAUAUGAAAAUGUUAUUAAGAACUUUAUUAGAGAGAUCAAGCUGCAGAGUACAGAAAUGGAGACCAUGGCCAUUGCUGUAAAAAGAGCACAAGAUAAAGCAGCCAUGCAGCUUGGUGAACUAGAAGAAGAGAUGGAGCAGCGCAUACAGGCUACAGAACAUAAAGUCAAGAAGGAGGAGAAGCGUAAAGCAGAAGAGGCUUUGAAUGAUCUCAAGCGUCAAUAUGAAACAGAAGUGGGAGAUCUCCAAGUAACAAUAAAAAAAUUAAAAAUGCUUGAGGAACAAUCUAAACACAUUAAUCAAAAAGAAGAUUUGGCAGUAUUAAAAAGAAGGAUACAUGAUCUUAUCUUGGAAAACCAGAAACUUAAAAAAGAUCUUAUGGAAGCACAGACAAAUAUAGCUUUCCUUCAGAGUGAAUUAGAUGCUUUAAAAAGUGAUAUUGCAGAUCAAAGUUUGAAUUCAGAAAGAGAUCUAGACAUGAUCAGAGAGUACACUGAAGACAGAGAUAGCUUGGAGAGGCAGAUAGCAAUAUUACAAUCAGCUAACAGGAAACUACAUGACAGUAAUGAUGGCUUAAGAAGUGCAUUAGAGAACAGUUUGAGUAUAUACAACAGAUCACUGCGUCUAACAAAUAUUUCCCCUGGAAACACAAUGUCCAGAAGCAGUCCCAAAUGUGGCCGUGGCCAUUCUCCCCAAAAUCCACAAUAUGACAGGCUGUCUCAUUCAUCCUAUGUGGAUGAAGAGUAUGACUCCCUCGCACUUUGUGAUCCAAUGCAGAGGAUAAACUGUGAAGUUGACAGCUUGCCUGAAAGCUGCUUUGAUAGCGGCUUGUCUACAUUAAGAGAUUCCAAUGAAUAUGAUUCAGAAGUGGAAUCCAAGCAUCAAAGAACAUCUGAGAGAACACAGUGCCUGCAGGAAAGCUUCCCGGGUGAUGCUUCUGACACAGACGUCCCAGAGAUACGAGACGAAGAGGUAUACAGUCCUGAUGAUGUAAAUACAGUAUUGUGUUGGAAGCCCGACCAAUCAGUCAGUCGAAGCAGUUCUGGAGUUUCAACAAGGAAACACAUCCCUGCGUUCUCUCCACAGGUUGAUUCUAUACACAGCAAUUCCAGAUACCCCAGCUCAGACAAGGCCUACAAGAUAGUUCUUGCCGGGGAUGCAGCUGUUGGAAAAUCUAGCUUUCUUAUGAGGCUUUGCAAAAAUGAAUUUCGAGGGAAUACCAGUGCAACUCUAGGUGUUGACUUCCAAAUGAAGAGACUCAUUGUUGAUGGAGAACCUACGGUGCUACAGCUUUGGGAUACUGCUGGUCAAGAGAGGUUCCGAAGUAUUGCUAAGUCUUACUUCAGAAGAGCAGAUGGAGUGCUUCUACUGUAUGAUGUUACCUGUGAGAAAAGCUUUCUUAAUGUACGAGAAUGGGUGGAUAUGAUAUCGGAUGCCACACAUGAAAAUAUCCCAAUCAUGAUGGUGGGAAACAAAUCAGAUCUUCGUCAGACAGCUUCUGAAGAAGGACUGACAUGCGUACCUCUCAGCUAUGGAGAAAAAUUGGCCAUGGCUUACAGUGCACUAUUCUGUGAAACAAGUGCUAAAGACGGCUCUAAUAUUGUCGAGGCAGUGCUUCAUCUUGCUCGUGAAGUGCGAAAAAGAAGCGAUAGCAAAGAUGAUGAUAAAACAGUCACUAAGCUGGCUGGGACAUCACUAAAAAAGUCUUCACUCACCAAAAACUGCUGCAGGGUAUAAGAAACAACUCCUUGGCCUCAAAGAAACAGACUUCUGUGGCAAUGGAAGAGGGGAAAAAAUGAAAAAUAUAGGUUGUUCUGAUGAUCAGCAGAAGGAAAGAUGGAACUAAGUUUUCAGCUCUGAGGCCCAUAAGAGUCUUUAAGCAAAAUUGAGAAAUGCUGCUUAUUGACUGAACCAAGCCAAAAAGAAUAAAAUUCUUAGUUCAUCAGUGGAAUCAUUCAUUUGUGCAUUAAGAUAAUUCCAUCUCAAAUCAGCUGUGCCUUCAUAACCCAAUAUGUUUGGAUGAAACUGGAUUCCUCCCAAAAUCUUAACACUGUAUAUAAAUAAAUAUUAGCUUUUUUUUUUUAAAAAAAGGGAGUAUCCAGUCCAUUCUCUACCUUGCAUCGUGAAGAUAUUUGUGAUUCUUCAUCACUAAUCUUAAAAAACUUGUGCAGUGCUUGUUUUUGAAGGAUUUUCCGAAGCAAUCAACUGUUCCAUAACGUGCAGCUUUCGAGAGCCUAGAAAAAGUAGUGAUGACUUGGGAAUUGAACCUGAAUUGGGAGAAAAAUACUAGAACUAUCUAGAAAAAAUGUACCCCUUACGCUGAAUGUAUAAAAAACAGAUGGCUUCCUCAUCUAUCAAGUGCCGUCCUGGAAUUUGGGCACUAUAACUGGAUGCUCUUUUGAAAUAUAAGAAGUUGAAGUCCCUGCAAUUCUGAAGAAUGCUACGCGGAGAGUGGCUGAUAAAAUUUAGUGGAUUUAAUAGAUAACCUAGAGAAUAUUCUACUUGUAAAUAUUGUUGCAUGACUUCAGACAACCUAGCAAAGCAGAAGGAAAGCUGAGCUACACAUUUUUGCCCUGAUGUUUUAAUUUUAUGUAGACUAAAGAUGCAAAUGAUAUUUCUUCAUGGAUUCUCAGAAUUUGGAACCACAAGAUACUUCGUAACUAAGCGUUCUAACCAGGACCUGCAUACACAGUGCAUAGUGGAUUUAUAAUGAUCACACUUUUCUUGUCCGCAUGUUGCAAUUUAAUGAUUGAUUCUUCCUCUUCUUGGAUUAAAAGGAACAGAAGGCUGCAAAGACUGCAAAUUGUAUUGUGAUUAUGCCUUGGCGAUAAGCGGAAGUGAGACCUGAGAUUGUAGUCAUUACCUUCCCUUCUCCCCAGAAUAGUAAGCUGCUCUCUGAAACUGUUUGCUACCAUUUUUGUACUUUGAUGUCGAGAAGAAGGACUCAAAAUUUGUGAAAGUUGAUCAAAAGCCUCAUUCUUGCUCUGGGUCUGAAUUCAACAAGAAAGCAACAAGGCCUCACUGAAGAAAAUACCAGAAAGCAAGUUCUCUGUAUAAAUAAUAAUCAAAACCAGAAAGGAUCCCCAAAUCUCCAACCCUAGGAGAGAUAUUGGCCUUUGUAAAAUGAAUAGGCGUUUUGGCCUUCCUCCAAGGCAGAGGUGUCUAAUUAUGGCAAUUUUAAGACUUGUGGACUUCAAUUCCCAGAAUUCCCCAUCCAGCAUGGUUAGCUGGGGAAUUCUGUAAAUUGAAGUCCUCAGCUUUAAAGUUUCCACAGUUGUACACCCCUGCCCGAAGGUGUUGCUUUGCAACAAAGGAGCCAAUCGAAAGGCUGUCUGAACUUUUUUCGCAAGAAGUCUCCAUGCUUGGAAACAGAAAAGGUUUAUAAGAUUAACAUCUACAUGGAUUACAUGAAAUUAAUAACAUGCAAUGUGUGCACUUUAAUAUUUAAUGUUAUUGUAAUGAUAAGCCUUGAUGCUAUACAAAAUCCCAACUUUCCUGUGAAUUUGAUGAAGAUCAGGAAAUGCAAAAGUUGUCAUGUUGGCUGGACUAAGAGGCGGUUUUAUAUGUUUUUAAAGUUUUACUAGAUUCAUAUUUUUCUUCUUGAUAUAUACAACUAAUCUGUUUUUCUAAUGUAUAGGUUUUAUUUUGCUUCACUGUGUUAAGCUUUCUCAUUUUUAAGGAAGUUUUCAUAGUUGAAAUAAUAGUUAGCUGAUCACAUUUUUCAAUUUCUGUCCAAAUUAGGAAAUGAAUUUAAAUUCUACAGGUCUUGAAAAUUAUUAUUUUCUCACAAGGCUGUGAGAAGAGAAACCUAUUUCUCUCUACUCUGAUCUAGUGUCAGAAUUUGUUUUACAGCUGGAUUCUCCAUGCAUUUUUUUACAACUAGUCUGGAAGCUCCAAAUUGUCUUACUGACCAACCUCACCACAUUUUAAUAGUUUGAUCCUAAGAGUACUGGAUUGAUUUUAGGUAUAAUAUGUGCUAGUCUUGGACUCAUGUUUACUAUCCUUAUUAUGUAUGAAACAAUAUUUGAUCUUGAAGGACAUUCAAGGCUGAUUAUUUUAUUGUUAGAAUACAAGCCAGGCUGACAAGCCAUAAUUUUCAUCCUCUGUUUCUUUAACUAGAGUUCCAUUGAGCUUGAACCCAGUGGAAGUUUGGUUAUUUGAAAGCUGAAAUACAAGUAGUUGAGAUUGGAGCAUUUUUUUCCAAACCAGAUAUCCCCCAGACUAUCCUAUAAUUCCUGUUAACCCUAUGUAGCUUUACUGUUCUGUAGGAACUGGGGAAGUUCUAGAACGGGAAUAUCUGGAAAUAUCUAUGUUCAAAUCUCUCUCAUAGAAUGUUAAACUGUACAUGAAGAUUGUGUCCCAUAAAAUGGUUGCUUUGUCGUCAGAUACAGAUCAGGGAAGCUUACAACACUACAGUUUUUUUAAUAGUGAGAAUGUUUUGAUGUAACAGUAGAAGAAAACCUAUAGAAUUAAGAGGAGUUCAGAAAUGAAAGUUUUUGAUACUAAGCCAACCCCAAAGCACAACUGUGCAAGUAAGUCACAAAUAUUUUGCAGAUUCUUUAGUCUUUUAUAUUUGUGCUUCUCUUAUAAUGAUUGAAGCCUGUUUUAUAGGUGCCAGUUUUCAUUCUUCUCUUAAUAAUUUUGAAAUUUUAAAGAUUUUUUUUUCAAAGUACCUGUAGUUAAAUUAAGAAAUCCUUGCUUGGGAUGCAAAUGUCACCAUAAGAUUGUUUUUUUUUUGUUUUUUUUUAAAGGUUAGUUCAUGUGAAUGAUAAACCAAUUAUUAAGAAUAUAUUAAUUGCCCUGCUGAAUGACAUGCAUGUACAAACCUAGAUUUUUUUUUAACACAGUAACAAGGCACUUAGCACUUGAAACAAAAGAAGUAUUGUUUUAUUAGUCUACCAAGACCGUAUAGUUUAAAUCAGCAGAGUUACACUUUCUAUAACUUGAGUUUCUCUUGAAAGACAAAUUCUAAAUCAGCAAUAUUUUGCAGGCCAAGAGACAUUAGAGACUUUGUCUUUUCGGGGAGAGCUCCAUUCAUUGCACAAGAGAUUUUUCGAAACAGACUAAAAUGUAACCAGGCUUCUAGAGUCACAGGAAGUAAUACAAUUUCUGCAUUGAGAAAAAUCAGUCUGAAAGUCCUGAAUGAGUUGAGUUCGGCCAACUUCGGAAAAGAAUUGUUGAAUAUUUACCUUGUACUCUUUAACUUCCAAAGUAAAUCUUUAUAUUUAUUUAGUUGUUACAUUAUAUACAUAUAUUUAUUUAUUUUCACAGGAAAAUAUACUUGUUACUUUGGUAAAUUCUGUACAUUCUUCAUCAUAUUUUCUUAGAAAUAAAAUUAUAUAAACCACA